GAACAUGGUGCGCCGGCUCUCGAUUACAGUGAGGAUUCCGCGCGCGGGCGGCCCACCACGAGUCACGGUGCACAUCGCGCGGCCAGCGGGUGAUGAUGAUGGGCAGCGCCCGCGUGGCCGAGCUGCUGCUACUCCACGGCGCGGACCCCAACUGCGCGGACCCCGCCACCCUCACCCGGCCGGUGCACGACGCCGCCCGGGAGGGCUUCCUUGACACGCUGGUGGCCCUGCACCGAGCCGGGGCGCGGCUGGAUGUGCGCGAUGCCUGGGGCCGCCUGCCCGUGGACCUGGCCGAGGAGCGGGGCCACCGCGACGUCGCCCAGUACCUGCGCGCGGCCGCGGAGAGCACAGAAGGCGGUAGCCACGCCCGCGCAGACUCCACGGAAGGUCCCGCAGACAGCUCGGACCCAAAGAAUUAUUGAAAUCAUUGGAAUACGAGAAAGAACAUCAC